AUGCAGCUGCAAUCUUUCCUCGUCGCCGCGAUGUCGGUACCGACAGUAUUCGCCGCCCUGAACGAGCCAUGCUACGGUUCAGGGGGCAGAGCUGGCGUUUGCGUGACCACCAGCAGCUGCUCAUCCAGCGGCGGCACCACGAUCAACGGCGCCUGCCCCAAAGACCCGGACAACGUCAAAUGCUGCACCAAAGCAUCCUGCGGCAGCGGCGGCAACUGUCGCUUCACAAGCGACUGCGCAGGCACCUCUGUCGCCAAUCAGUGCCCGGGUCCCAGCACCUUCAAGUGCUGCGACUCAUCUGCCUCCGGCUUCGGCGGCUAUGGCGCCCCGAAUACCCUGACUGUGGGCGCUUGCAAGUCGGUCGCCGUCAACGGCGCCAAGAAGAUUGUGGCGGCGUUCCCGAAGAGGGUUCGGGAGAUCUUUUGCACGCGGGACUGUACUUGUCCUGGCGACUCGGAUCACUGCUGUGGCAAGGCGACGGAUAUGAUGUGUUCCGAUGCUGGUGGUACUCCCACCACCUCCGGUAAGGAGAUUGCCGAAUGGGUCAUGAAUAAUCGCGCGACACUUGACUUGAAGUAUGUCAUCUGGGGACAGCGUAUCUGGAAUCCUUCUGUGGACUCUGUCAAGUCUUGGUCGGAUUGGAGGGGGAUGGAGGAUCGGGGUGGUGUUACUGCGAACCACUGGUGA